AUGGCGGCGGCGGAGGAGCUGGGCCGGCGGCUGCAGCUGCGGGAGGGCGAGGCGGCGGCGGCGGCGGCGGCGCCGGGGCUCCCGGGGGUCCCGGGGCUCCCGGGGGCGGCGGCCGGCGCGGGCUCCCCGGGCGGCGGCGGCCGGCGCGUGUUCAGCCCCGGCGGCGAGUUCCGCGAGUUCUCCCGGCGGCAGCUCCGCGACAUGGAGCGCCUCUUCCGACAGUACGACGCGGGCAAGGACGGCUUCAUCGACCUCAUGGAGCUGAAGCUGAUGAUGGAGAAGCUGGGAGCGCCGCAGACGCACCUGGGGCUGAAGAACAUGAUCAGGGAGGUGGACGAGGACCUGGACAGCAAGCUCAGCUUUCGGGAGUUCCUCCUGAUCUUCCGGAAGGCGGCGGCGGGCGAGCUGCGGGAGGACAGCGGGCUGCACGCCCUGGCCAGGCUCUCCGAGAUCGACGUCUCCACCGAGGGCGUCAAAGGCGCCAAGAGCUUUUUUGAGGCCAAGGUCCAAGCCAUCAACGAAGCCAGCCGCUUCGAGGAGGAGAUCAAGGCUGAGCAGGAGGAGAAGAAGAAGCAGGCGGAGGAGCUGAAGCAGAGGAAAGCGGCGUUCAAAGAGCUGCAGUCGACGUUCAAGCAGUGACGGGGCCGCCGGAGCGGUGCCGGGAGGGGACGCGCCGGGGCGCCGGCACCGGCCGAGCGGAGCGGCCCCGAGCCGGGCGCUGCCCGCCACAUCCCGUCCCCCCGCGGCGUCCGGCGUGGCGGCGCCCCGCUGCCCCUCGCCGGAGCGUCCCUCCCGGCGCGAAU